AUGUCUGUUGCAGAAACAAUCAAGAUAGCCCACACAGCCAGAUGCAAGCUGCAGCUGGCCGCAGAUCGCCCAGAUCGGAAUCUUCGCUUCAUCCUAGGCCAUGCAUUCACGCUAGAUAAGCUGCGGCUCCGAAUUGCAGAAAUUGAGGAGGAGGAGGAGGAGGAAGACGAAGAAGAAGACACAAUCGCAGGACCAACACCAGCCGAACAAAGACGCGUGAGCUUCAGCGGGAAGACAAAGCAACGCAACAAUGGUGCAGAGGGUCGCAGGAGUCCACCACCUCCACCACAGCUAGAGGAUGAUUUAGAAGAGGACGACGAUGAGGAUCUGGAAGAAGAUGAUGAGGAGGAUGAGGGGUUGGGUCUACAGAGAUUCGGGUCGGCUGCAGCACAACCGCCAAGGAUAGCGGGGGAGAGCAGUAGCUCAGAUGAAGACGAGGAACCGACGAAUCCAUCGAUGUUCUCGGAGGAUCAAUUGAAGACGAUUACAAACAGGCAGGGGAAUGAAGAAUUGAAGGAUGCUUAUAAGAAGAUGUAUAGAUGCUCGUGUCAUGGAGAAAAUGGUCCGGCGGUGGAGAACUUUUGGGACAUGCCUGCAGCUGAGCAACAAAAGCCGGGUCUGAGGAGGGCUGUUGUGCAGGUUUCGGUGUAA